AGGAAGAGUCCUUCCAGAACUCGACGUCGAUUAACCUGGGAUGCGAGGACGGGUGCGGCGUUCUGCUGGACAGUGGGACAUCUUUGUUGGCCGUACCGCACACAGUGAUCAACAGGCUGGUGCAGCUCAUCGCAUCCCCGAAUCUCAACUGCAGCAACAUGUGGGAGCUGCCCCACCUGGUGUUCGAUUUGAACGGGAAGACGUUCUCCCUUCCUCCAGAUGUCUACGUAUCCGAGGUGUCCUAUGCCGUGCCCAGCUACAUGCAGAGCUUCGUUCGGCUUCGCCACCUCGGCGCGGAGGCGCAGAGGCCAGGAAGACGCUGCGACCUCCUCGUCAUGGAGUCGUAUGCGAAGUCAGACGCGGGCCCUUUGUGGAUCUUCGGCAUGCCGUUUUUCCGGAAGUACUACACAUCCUUUGCCGUCGGGCUGAACGCUUCGGAGCGCGCUCUCCACCUGGCUGGCAGCACCCCAGCCUGCACGCCGACGAAGAGACGCGUGGAGGUGCAUGACGGCCCCUCCGACAUGUGGACGCGGAUCAUCGACCCCACACAGCUGUGGAUGCCGUCGUCGGUACAGCUGGCAGCGACAACGCAGUACGUGCGCCUCUGAGUGCUGGGAGAGCCCGCCGAAGGCGGGAGGAGACCUGCACUAGUUCCCCUUUUUCUUCCUCCUCCUCCUCCGUCAAUGUUUCGAGCUCCUCCUCUUCUUGUCUGUCGUCUCUUCUCGGCUGGCGAUCUAGGGCAAGAAGAGGUGUUAAUUGGCCUGUUUGUGUGCUAGCGCUAAGCGGACGUUCGGUCCGUGUGUGCCCCGCGGCACUUGCGCGGCGGAUCCUGGCUUGCUGGCUGUUGCGACCGCAAAAGUGCACCAGAUGCAG